GGCUGGCGGGCGGGCUGGCGGCCCGGAGUGGCGGCGGUUGUGGCGCCUGACAGACAAUGAGGGCGGCGAGGCGGCGUUAAGCGGCGGCGGCGAGAGACGCGGGGCCCGGGGGCGGGGCGGGGCGCCAGCCAUGGACAAUCAGUGCACCGUGCAGGUCAAGUUAGAGCUGGGACACCGCGCCCAGCUGCGCAAGAAGCCCACCACGGAGGGCUUCACCCACGACUGGAUGGUGUUUGUCCGAGGCCCUGAGCAGUGCGAGAUCCAGCACUUUGUGGAGAAGGUGAUCUUCCGGCUGCACGACAGCUUCCCCAAGCCCAAGCGUGUGUGCAAGGAGCCCCCCUACAAAGUGGAGGAGUCGGGUUAUGCUGGCUUCAUCAUGCCCAUUGAGGUGUACUUCAAAAACAAGGAGGAGCCAAGGAAGGUUUGCUUCACCUACGACCUGUUCCUGAACCUGGAGGGCAACCCGCCCGUGAACCACCUGCGUUGUGAGAAGCUCACCUUCAACAAUCCUACCACCGAGUUCCGCUACAAGCUGCUCAUGGCUGGCGGGGUCAUGGUAAUGCCCGAAGGAGCAGAAACGGUGUCCAGGCCCAGUCCCGACUACCCCAUGUUACCCACAAUUCCACUCUCUGCCUUCUCUGACCCCAAGAAGACCAAACCAUCCCACGGCUCCAAGGAUGCCAACAAGGAGAGCAGCAAGGCCUCCAAGCAGCACAAGGUGACCAAGGAGCACCGAGAGCGGCCCCGCAAGGACUCGGAGAGCAAGAGCUCCUCCAAGGAGCUGGAGCGUGAGCAGGCCAAGAGCUCCAAGGACGCCACUCGCAAGCUGGGAGAGGGCCGGCUGCCCAAGGAGGAGAAGGCCCCACCACCCAAGGCUGCGUUCAAGGAGCCCAAGAUGGCCCUGAAGGAGACCAAGCUGGAAGGCAUGUCCCCCAAGGGGGCACCCCAGCCCCCGGCCCUGGCCAAGGCUUCCAGCAAGCGGCCACCCCCUGCGGACUCGCCAAAGCCCAGCGCCAAAAAGCAGAAGAAGAGCAGCUCAAAGGGGUCCCGGAGCGCCCCUGGCACCUCGCCUCGCACCUCAUCUUCCUCCUUCCCUGACAAGAAGCUGGCCAAGGACAAAAGCGGCCCCCGAGUGGAGAAGGUGAAGACGGAGAGCGAGCCCAGGGAGGCCCGGAAGGCCCUGGAGGUGGAGGGCUCCAACUCGGAGGAUGAGGCCUCCUUCAAGUCCGAGUCUGCCCAGUCAAGCCCAUCCAACUCAAGCUCCAGCCCUGACUCCAGCUCUGACUCAGAUUUUGAGCCUUCUCAGAACCACAGCCAAGGACCCCUGCGCUCCAUGGUGGAGGACCUGCAGUCCGAGGAGUCGGAUGAGGACGACUCUUCAUCGGGUGAGGAGGCCACUGUCAAGGUGAACCCAGGCCGGGAUUCCAGGUUGAGCUUCAGCGACAGCGAGAGUGACAACAGCGCCGACUCCUGCCUGCCUGGCCGUGAGCCCCCACCCCCCCAGAAGCCGCCCCCGCCCAACAGCAAGGCGUCAGGCCGGAGGAGCCCCGAGCCCUGCAGCAAGCCCGAGAAGAUUCUCAAGAAGGGUGCCUAUGACAAGGCCUACACAGAUGAGCUGGUGGAGCUGCACCGGAGGCUGAUGGCUCUGCGGGAGCGCAACGUGCUGCAGCAGAUCGUGAACCUGAUCGAGGAGACUGGCCACUUCAAUGUCACCAACACCACCUUUGACUUUGACCUCUUCUCCCUGGACGAGAGCACCGUGCGCAAGUUGCAGAGCUACCUGGAGGCCGUGGCCACAUGACCCUGGGUGGGAGCUGGGCCCUGCCACCCACUGGGGUCCUGGGAGGCCGAGCAGGCCCCGCACGCCUCCCUUCUCUCCAUGCACCACCCGCGCAGCACUGCCUUAGUGACCGCCCUGCCCAGCCCUCACAGCCAGCUGCACUUUCCUGGGUGGCUCCCGAGCACCCCAGGCUGCCCGGUGGGCACCCAGGCACGAUCACCUGGGCACGGUCACCCAGGCUCCCCUUGGAGGGUGCUUUGUGCAGAAAGCAGAGCCGGGCCUGGCUCCUAAAAGAGGAAGAAGCUUUCGUAGAAUGCAUGUGGCUGAGGGCCCCUCACUCGCCCUCGGAACUGUGGGCCUCUAAGCAGCCAGCCAUCCUGUGUGCACCCCCCCUCCCCAACGGUUUGGAAGCUCCCUGGGGUGCCAGGCCCUCAGAGACCCAUGUGGGGCCGAGGCCAGCCAGGCUGGCCCGUCUGUACAGCUGUCUGUAUUAUAUAUAUGUGCGCUGCGUGUGUUCAGGAGCGGGUCCCGUGUGCGUUUCUGUGCUGAGCUGCACGUGGGGGGUGGGGGGCAAGGGAAGGGCUUGUAGGUUAAGAAGUCUGGGGGUCUUGUCUCGGGCUGACCCUCUCCAGGGCGUGGAGGGAGCCUCCCUCUGGUUUCAAGGACUCUGGGCUCCUGGGCCCCUGGGCCAGUGAACACUACAGCCACGACGGGGUGGCCUGUCCUCAGGGCCCCCGGGGAUAGACAUGUCUGCAUCCCUGGGGCUCCUCCUCCAUAGGACCUUCUUCCUCCACUGUCAUCGAUCAAGUCUUCGAACUUUGAACAAAUGAGCUUUUGCCAAAUAAGACAGGAUGGAUUGCGCUGGGAGGUGCGUCUGGGUUGCUGCCUCUCCAGCCGUGGCCUCCGCUUCCGCCGUUGCGGCUCCCACCAGGCCCAGCCUGGGACAUUUUCCUAUCUGCCUGAAGUUCUCCAAGGGCUGUACCGGUCACCCUCUCAGAGCCGGGAGCCCUGGCACAGUGUGCCCACACCCAGUUUUCCUGGACCCGGGCCCUGCGCCUCCAGACCCCCGUCCUGACUUGAGAGUCGCUGCCAGUGUUGGUACCCUGACCUGGGUGUGGCCAGGGGAACGGGGCCUGGGUUGGCCCCUGUCCUCUACCCUGUUGUUAGAUGUCCAUUCUUCCCUGUUACGAGCUCAGUUGUGGGAAGCCCUGGCUUUUCUUUCCUGGGGUCCAUGGUCCUGUCCUUGCUCGGAGUCUACCGGAACACUCCUGGGGGACCCCUGCCUCCAAGGCGUCCCCCACACCAGCAUUGCUGGGGGCUCCCCUGGUUCUUGGGGAGAGGCCCGACAGCUCCGAAGGGAGCCUCUGUCUCCUGCUCCCACUGCCCUCAGGCCCCGCCGCCACAUCCCCUUCCCAGGCAGGCCAGCAAUACUCACAGUACGUCCUCGCCGCCUCCCCUCGGGGAACUCUCCAAGACGUGGAACAGAAGGGCCUGGCUCCACAAGCAGCCGUGGGGCCACAUGGAGAAGCCUCAGCUCCGAGCAAUGGCCUUCCUCCUGCCUGAGGGUCCCGGGAGCCCCACAGUGACCUGGGCUGGCGCUCCGCCACCCGGACAGUGGUGUCUGGCCCUUGCUGUGGUUUCAGGAUCUCCAGGAGCACCGACCCACUUCUCAGUUACCUCCUCAGGCUAGAAGGCCUCACCGCUAUUCUCCAGAACUGCUCUGGGCCCAGGGCCAGCUCACUGACCAGCCAAGGAUAAAUGUGCUGGGCACUGGGGCCCUGACUGCAGCCUCCCCAGCUGCUCCCUCCCUGCCACAGCUCAGGCAGCUGGGCCCAGGGGGCUCUGGGGACACUUCCAUAGGAAGGGGCUGGCACCUUGUGAUUGCCACGCGUCUCGUGUUAAGCCGCCUGCCCCUAAUCCAAACCCCCAUGUUUCCUCUUUCCUGAAUGAAUUGUAAACCGACUCCAGAACACAAAAGGUAUCGAAUACCUUCCUUCCCCACAAGGGUUUUUAACCAAGAAUGUGUCUCGAUAGGAACUAGACACUUCACGGGCCCAAGACCAACUCCUGGAUCAAAGGAAAAAGGAGGAGUGUGUUUGUAACGAGUUACAGGAUUGUUUCUGUCCUGGAUUUUAAACUUUUUGUUAAAUUGUGAAAUUAUGGAGGAGUUUUAUAGAAAAAAAAGUGAAAUAAAGUCAGAUGGUAAAGCAGA